AAGUAAAUAAAAAUAGAAUAUUGCUGGAGCUGGAUUGAAGUGACAAUAUUUUUAGGCAAUAGUCUUCAAUUUCUGAAAAUUUCAAUUCUUUCUUACUACUUUGUACUAAAUUUUUCUACUUCUAGACUGUCUUUGUUGCCAUGCCAGUAAGUCAAUGGAUGACAGCAUGAAUAUAGAGCAGUUUUUGAAAAUUUCGAACUAUGAAAAUACUGUGAAACAACUAGAUGUGUAUUAUGGAAUUGUUAAAAGGCAACUACUCAGAUACCAAUGCCCUAUUACAGGCCUAUUUCCUGUGUUAUCAAUAGAUACAGAAGUUGGAAGUAUAAGAGAUAGUAUAUAUUGUGCAGCAGCAGUAUGGGGCUUAUAUCAAGCAUACAGAAGAAUAGAUGAUGAUCGUGGAAAAUCCUAUGAAUUAGGUCAGUCAGCAGUCAAAUGUAUGAGAGGAGUACUCGAGUGCUGGAUAAAACAGUCAAAAAAGAUAGAACUUUUCAAGAAACAGCAGUGUAAGAAUCACGCCUUACAUGUAAAAUUUCAUCUGAUCACUGGCAAUGAAGUUUAUGAUGAUGAAUCUUACAAUCACCUGCAAAUAGAUGUUAUUUCUAUUUAUCUGCUGUUUCUAGUUCAGAUGAUUUCUUCAGGUUUGCAAAUAAUUUACACUCAAGAUGAAGUGGCUUUCGUUCAAAAUCUAGUCUAUUAUGUAGAGAGAGCAUAUCGUACACCUGACUAUGGUAUGUGGGAAAGAGGUACCAAAUAUAAUGAUGGUAGUCCUGAUAUACAUGCCAGUUCUAUCGGUUUUGCCAAAGCUGCUCUUGAGGCUAUCAAUGGAUGCAAUUUAUUUGGAGAAAAAGGUGCUUCAUGGAGUGUUAUUUAUGUUGAUAUUGAUGCCCAUAAUAGGAAUAGAAGUAUUUUUGAAACAAUGCUACCAAGAGAGUCAUCUUCUAAGGAUGUAGAUGCAGCUCUGUUAGCAACUAUAUCUUUUCCUGCAUUUGCAACUCAUGAGGAUAUAUUAUAUAGUGAAACAAAAAGUAGGGUACUAAGAAAACUGAAAGGAAAAUACGGUUUCAAGAGAUAUAUAAGAGAUGGUUAUAAGACUGUUAAUGAAGACCCCAACAGAAGAUAUUACAAAAAAGGAGAAUUGAAGAACUUUGAAAAUAUAGAAUGUGAGUGGCCACUUUUCUAUAUCUUUAUGAUCAUAGAUGGGGUUUUCAAGGCUCUACCGGAUCAAAUUAUAGAAUAUCAGGAAUUACUGAAAUCCAGAAUUCAUUUAGACUCGAAUGGAGAUCCAAUAAUUCCGAUGUACUUUUAUAUUGCCAAAGAGGAUAUUGAAAUUGAAAAAUCCAAACCUUAUUCCACUGAACGUAAACCUUGCUCUGAGCCAGGAAUAUUUCUCUGGGGACAAGCUAUGUUCAUUCUUGCACAAUUAUUGACUGCAGGUCUUCUGCAUAUCAAUGAAUUAGAUCCAAUUCGUAGGUACUUGCCAUCGUACAACCGUCCCAGAAAAGCAGGGAGGUAUUCAGCUUUUCAAGCAAAACUUCAUGGUACAGCAACAGACUUAGUAGUUCAAAUAGUUCUUAUUGCUGAGUCUAUGAGACUUCAAGCUAUGAUGGCAACCUAUGGUAUUCAGACUCAAACUCCCCAUGAGGUGGAGCCAGUACAAAUAUGGUCCUCGACUCAAUUAGUCAAGGUGUAUGAAAAUUUGGGGGUGAACAGUAAGCUGAAUUUGAAGGGCCGCCCUGUGAGACCAAUAGGCAGCUUAGGAACCAGCAAAGUUUACAGAGUUUGUGGAUCUACAGUACUCUGCUACCCUUUAAUUUUCGAAGUGUCCGAUUUUUACCUGUAUCGAGAUAUGGCCCUUUUAAUCGAUGAUAUCAAAACUGAACUGCAAUUCGUUGGGAAGUACUGGAGAUUAUCUGGAAGGCCCACGGUUUGUCUACUCAUCAGGGAAGAGCACAUGCGUGAUCCGCAGUUCAAAAAGAUGCUAGAUCUUUUGGCUAUGCUGAAGAAGGGGCAUUGCGAUGGAGUAAAAGUGAGAAUAGGCAGAUUGCAAAAUCUAAUUUCAAGUUCUUGUGUCGAGCAUCUAGAUUUCAUGAAUAUGCUGGAAUUACCCGAAGAUCCUUCAUACAAGCACUUCAAACAAUUGGAGCAUGAUUAUAUAGGGUACCAGAGCUUAACAGAUGUUCCAAGAGUUUUGAAUUAUUCAGAUGAAGCUAAUGAUUAUUCUAACUUUGCCCAUAAAUCCACCCUUGAAAUAUUAGAAGCAAUAAAAUAUGAAGACAGUCUUUAUGCCAAAUCGCAACUCUUUGGAUUCCUCCUCAAAAAAGAAGGGAAAAUGUAUAAAGUACAAGAGUGCACAGUGGAAGAACAUUUGCUCAAUUUGUAUCAUCAAGCUGGAUGCUACAGGCAUUGGGCAGCUGUAAGAUAUACCAGUAGCUUGCUGCAUCACACAGUUGAUUCCAUCAGUCCCUUCAUAACAGCUCUUCUUGUCCAUGGCAAACAGCUCACUGUUGGUGUAAUAGGACAAGAGGAAACUGUCUUUGACAAACCCAUGACUCCAGGUGAAAUACAAAGUAUUGUCUAUAAGACGAUCCAACCAUACGAUAUCAUACAAGCGGUAUUACAACAGGAAAUUACCCUGUACUGUGGAAGAUUAAUCUCCACAAAUCCCGAGUUAUUCAAAGGCAUUCUUAAAAUAAGGAUUGGUUGGGUGUUGGAAGCGAUGAAAAUCUAUUUGAGAAUACUCAAUUCUUCUAAGAAACUCGAGGAGCAUAGUCCUUAUGAAGUGAGGAAGUUAUUACAUCAAGUACUUUCCAUCCAGGAUUGGGAUGGUACAGACCAGUUAACUUUUCAACAGCGGAGGCAAUUAGAAGGAUGCCUAUGUAGAGUACCUCAGCAUUUUUAUCGGCAAGUUUGGGAUAUUUUGAACAAGACGUUGCAAGGUAUAAAAUUCAUGGGUAAAACGCUGCUUCAGCAACCAACACUAUCCGAUAUGACGAAAUCAGAGCUAAGUUUUUCACUGUUAGUUGAAGAGAUGUUGAAUUAUAUUCAGUUGGCUGAAUACCGUCAAAUCGUAGUGGAGCUACUGACUAUAGUAUCUACAAUUUUAUCGAGAAAUCCAGAAUUGAUAUUCAACCAAACUUUGGAUCUGGAACAAUUGGUGAUAGAUGCAAACCUUAUGUAUGCUAAGGAUAAUAAUCUUCAAGAGAACGGGAAUUAUUUGUUGGAUAUUUCCUAUUCUCAGUCAACUCGAUAUUUGGCUAGAGCUGUAGUUAAUACUCUACUCAAAGGAGCUUCCCUGAAAGAAAAUUUAGGAAAUGAAGAUGGAUCUUGCAGAGUGUCUUAAUCUAAGUGUAUUAUUGUAGUGCUGCAAUACUGAUUUCAAUAAAUUUUAUUCAUGGUU